UCGCUUCGAAUCCGUCUGCCCUGCCCAUUGCUCUCACUGUCUGAAGCAGUGGGAGGACGGGGCUGCUGCAGGGAGCAGCAGUGCAAGGGCUUCAUACCCUUUACUGGAAUUUUAAACAGGCGACUUCUGUCCGAUUCCACGCAGCUUCUCCCCACUGCCAGCCCAGUGGUAUGCUCACAUCAUCAAUGGAACUGAAUCUGCGGCUCUGAUUGAAACCUCCAUUUCAGCGCAGUCUUCGGGGGCAGGGAAAGAGACAGCAUUCCUCAAGGCCACUGGGUGUUGGUCGUGCGCGGCAGAGAUGGGUACAGCACUGUCUAUAUCUCCAACAUCAAGAAAGACGGCCAUCCUCGAUGAUAAAACCGAGGGAGGACACGCGGCUAAUGGCAAGCCAGAGAAAAGCCUUAAACGAAAUUCAGUAAUAUUAUCAGCCCUCACAUGGAAGCGACUGGUUGCCGCCUCGGCCAAGAAAAAGAGUACCAAGAAGAUUAACCCGAACCCCCCGCCGCCGCAUACGAACAAGAACCAGGUAGAACGGCUAAAUAAUGAAAAUAUAAAGAAAUCACAGCAAUCGAAUUCCGACUGGAAAGGAUCACACCGGGAUCCGAAGCAAGGACCGCUCGCUGUACCAGUGCCGACCGUUCCAAACCAGAACCUCAAUUCAAAUCAAAGCCAGAGGGUCCCAGCUUGUAAACAGCUUGUAACAGUAAAAAAACAACCUAGCAACCGAUCUCUCAUCUCUCCAAGACGGGUUAUCGUUCAAGCAUCAACUGGGGAGCUGUUGCGUUGUUUGAGUGAAUUUAUGUGCCGGCGGUGCUUUAAACUCAAAGAGCUUAGCCCCAGCGAGAUCAUCCUGUGGUUCCGAAACGUGGACCGGUCCCUCCUUAUCCAGGGCUGGCAAGACCAAGGAUUCAUUACACCCGCUAACCUGGUGUUUGUCUACUUGCUGUGCAGAGAGGCGGUGACCGAUGAUAUCGAAAGCGAAUAUGAACUUCAGGCCACCUUCCUGACCUGUCUCUAUCUGGCUUAUUCGUAUAUGGGUAAUGAGAUUUCUUACCCUCUCAAACCCUUUCUUGUGGAAACCAACAAGGAACUCUUUUGGGAGCGAUCCCUGAAAGUCAUUGAUAAAAUGAGUGCCAAAAUGCUGCAGAUAAAUUCGGAUCCGCAUUUCUUCACCGAGGUGUUCCAGGACCUCAAAAACGAGGGAGAAUCAAAGGAGACGAACGGAAAAUGGACAAAUAAUAUAGACCGCUAGGCAAAAUAAUGUAGACGGAUAUCUCUCCUUACCUAUUGUUUAAGGGUGGUUGAAUGUAGGCUCUAAGUAUGAAUUUACGAUGCUAACAUGCACUAUAGUCGGUGAAUCAAACCAGACCUGUCCCUUUUUCGAUAAAAGAUGUCUCGUGUUGUUACAGUGUAAAAAAAUACCUCGUGCUACUGUGAAUCACAGUACAUUAGGAUUCCAGUCAUGGGCAGUCGGUUAGCCUAAAUGCAUGCCUAAAGUAUUAUAAUUGUUCUUUCAUGGUAGCGUUAAAAAAGGGUUGGGCGAUGCAGAAUUACAGUGAUUACAGCUGAUUUGCCAAUUUUUGGAUCAUUUGUGUCGAUAUCUAUUUUAAUUUUGAGGAACAAGAGCCCGAGAACAACAUUAUUAUGUAACUGACGGGAGCUAUCCAAGGUCCUGGCCUUCAACAAAAUUUGCACAUACUUGUUGAACCUCAUGCUAUCUCUUUGAUCAUUGAAUGUAGAAAUUCACUGCGACAUAAAAAGUAGAUAUUGUCAUAUGUGCCAAUUGUUUUAUUAUAAAACAUAUUGUUUUAUAUCAUGUAUUUAAAACGGAAUAUGUCAACAGAAAUGUUAUCUGAAUCCCUGAAAUUACAUUUGAAUAUUUUUCAAAACAAAACAAAAGCAAUGUAACUCGUAUUUGUGAAGCUGCUUCCAUCCCCACAUCGGAGUAAAUGUUAUAGUGUUCUGGUAUUCCUGAAAUGCCAGAACAAUAUAACCUUCAACUUAGUUGACGUGUGUUUAUUCUAGAUCUGUGUUACUAUGUAUUCCUUUUUGUUACACACCAGUAUUGGGAGGACAUUUUAUCACUUGCUUUACUUCUCAAUUAAGGCAGUCCACACAGUGGACUUUAUGUGUAACGUAAGCUAUUUUAUGGAAUCUUCCAUAUGUUGGUAAUAUGUUUAAGAUGUAAAAUAACAAAUGUAAACACUCAUGAUGUUCAGCUAAGUUAAUAUGAUGUGUUUCUGUUCUUUUAAGAAACAAUCAGGCAGAGGGUUAUGUCAGUCAAUAAGCAAUUGCUUAAAAUGACAAAGGUCAUGGUCUUUUAACUCUAAUCCUAAUUAGCAGAUUUCAUAUGUGUUUCCUUUUACUUUUGUUGAAUCGCCAAAUGUACAGCAGAAACUAUCUAUUUUUUAUCGUGACACUUUUUCUUCAGACUCCAUUUUCACCUGGGUCUUUUUAAUUGUAUGUGUCUUAGAUGAGCUUUGAAGAACAACCAUUUCCAUCUGGGGAAAAACAUGUAGCCUUUAGAUCAUUUCUGAUAAAAAUUUGAAAAUUCUGUUUUAUUUAUUUAUUUAAAAAAAUACAGGUACAUUGGUGUACUGUCAAUGAUUGUGAACAAUGUAAAAUAAAAAAGUUCAACGUAAAACUAACUGGUGAAUCAAUAAAAUUUAACACAACUGGAA